UAACACAUGGCAACACUGCUGCUGAGUGAAGGGGUCGAGAAUCGCGUGCCCGGCCGCCCAUUGUUAUCCUUGUUGAACGUAAUGGCCGCCAGUGAGUUUGUUGACGCUCUUUCGUGGUUCCGUUUGGUACGCCUUAACGAAUCCGCGCGAUAGAUCAAUAGAGCCUCCAAUUUUCGAACGGAUAAUAAGGGUUAGGGUUUGUAGUUGGCGGUCUGAGUGUGAGAUAGUUUAAUUCCAAAUUACAUGAAGGCGUAAUGCUGUGAAACGCAAGGCCAAUGCUCGCUUGGUAUCAGAGACGUCUGCCGGACUCAAACAUUCUCUGACAAGUGCUUGGCUCCAGCGCCUUAGCUGAGGGGUUACAAACGAUCACCGGUACCGUAUUUUUCACAUGAAACCUUCCAAACUGUCGGCUGGAAGCUAAUCCCCUGGCAAAGAUAAGUGUUUGAGGAGAUUUCUUGGUCGACUUCAUGGUCAACCUAUGCCUGGGAAUUUGGGAUGCUGGCCACCUUGAUGCUCGUUGGCCGUUGGCCUGUAGCCUUUUGUUAACGGCCCAGCAGGUGCAUAUUUGCUAAUUUUUCAUUUUUAAUGUGAUAACGAGUCUACUGGAAUGCAGAUUAUGGAUACAGACUCAAAAAAUCAUCGAGAAUAACGGAGUUGAAGUAUAAACUAUAACAAUAGAGAUUGCUACACCACACAAAGCUGUUCCCUUUAGAUCCUGUGUCGGAGACUUGUGAGCCAUAUGAAGAUCAUCUCGAGUCAAGAAAAUUCUAUUGCCUGCAUUAGAGUCCCCACGCCAGGGUAACACAACGACAAAAAGAAGACAAUUGAUGGACUUACAUUUGCGAUCCAAGAUCAUAUUAUAGAGAAUGCAAGAAAGCUUAAGGACACCAGCAGCUCAGCUGAGGAACCAAUAACAGCCUACUUUUAGCAGUCGAGUGUCCAAAUCGACAUACACAACACCGCACCUGAUAAAAGAGGACCUGCUCCAGGUGGAAUCAGCCGAAAACUAACGUCAUCUGCAGCAACAGGAACACAGGUAUCAACGAAGUCUGAUUAAAAUUCCAAAUCAACAAAAUCAACAAAUAGGACAACCAGUCAAGUGUUCUAUGUUUACGCAGACCGAACAAACUAAUAGCUUCACACAAACAGAGCAGAGUGGUUCCAGCUACAGCGAUCAGCGACAGCAGGCCACGAUGUUUGACCCUCAACAAAUUCAACAACAGCAAGCUCCACAAGGUCAGCAGUCUCAGCAGCAGCAACAAUCACAGCAAAUGUACGUGACAGGAGCGGAGAAAAAAGAAGAUAAGCCAUCAGCUACAUCAGAGUUCCCGUUUUAUUAUAACGUAAAUAUGCUGCAGAAAGUUCAAACGAAUGCAGUUAGCACUAUCGGUGCAAUCACAACUGAUGACAAGGGGUGUUAUCGGUUUGAUGUACAGCCUGUUGGUUAUAAUACAUUAUUGAAUCAAAUGAGUAUAGCGGCAGCAACGAACGCUACGUUCAAAUGUGACAUUUGUGGACUAGUUUUUGGACAUAUGAGUUUACUAAAUCAUCACAAAAGAAUCCACAACACAACUCCGAGCAACCUCCAACAACAACCACAGCAAGUUGUUCAGACGCCAACAACAGUUACUGUAGCUAGUACACAGGAUCGGCCUUAUACGUGUGACGUAUGCGGAGCCUGCUUUGCCCUUCCAGGGGAAUUAAAGAGCCACAAAACAAAUAUGCAUCAAAAACCUAAGGUGCAAAUUUGUGAAGAUUGCGGUAGUGAUGAGCCUUGUGAACACCAUCCUACAAAAGUAAAGAAAACAAUCAAACCAGGCCAUCAUCCUGUGAAACGGCGCGGGGUUACCAGUGUAACAAAAUGCCACAAGUGCAAUGGAACUGGGAUCAUUUUCAUCGGCAAAGACGAGGAUAAACUAAAUUCUGGGAUCAGUUCACUCGCCAAGUGUGGUGGCUGCAAGGCGACAGGUCGAGUCACCAUUGGAAGUGGAAAGCAAAACAGUCAGAACCAGCCUGAAAAACCUUUCCAUUGUAACGUUUGCGACGGAACGUUUUCCCGAUAUUCGUCUCUGUGGUCCCAUAAGCGACUUCAUUCUGGCGAUAAACCAUUUAAAUGCGAAGUCUGUGGUUUGGCAUUUGCAAAAGCGGCGUACCUGAAAAAUCACGGUCGUGUUCAUACUGGAGAAAAACCAUUCAAGUGUAGUGUUUGUGGAAUGCAAUUUUCACAAAGUCCACAUUUAAAAAAUCACGAACGAAUUCAUUCCGGUGAACGACCUUAUCAGUGUGAAGUUUGUGAAAAAACAUUUGCUAGACAUUCAACGCUUUGGAAUCAUAGGAGGAUUCAUACCGGUGAAAAACCGUAUCGAUGCAAUAUUUGUGGUUCGGCAUUCAACCAGGCUACUCACCUGAAAAACCACGCUAAAGUUCACACUGGUGAAAAACCACACAGGUGUGACAUUUGUGAGAUUGGUUUCUCAGAUCGUUUUGCUCUGAAACGUCAUCGUGCGAUUCACGAAAAAUAUGGUCAAACAGCAAGAAAUCAGAACAGUAACAGUGCAAACAGUGCGCAGCAAGCCAACACAAGCAAUCAGCAACAACAACAGCAACAAGCUCAGCAACAAGGUCAACAAUCCCAACAAGUUGUAGUUGUUAAUUCAGCAACGCCGGUGACUGUUAGUCAAGGUCAAGGGCAAGGUCAAAGUCAAAGUCAAGUGAUGAAUACAGAAGACGAGAUGGUAGAUAUUGGUCUACAGACGGCUGAAUUGUGUGACACAAUUUUGAAAACAGAAGACUUUGAUGGUCUUGAAUAAUGAAUAAUUACUGAUUAAUUAUUAACAGUGAAAAAGUAAAAGUCAGAGAAUACGUAUAGAAGAUCGAUUUACUAUCAACUAUCAAAUCAUGAACAUUUCGAUCUUCUAUCCAUUAUUCAAAGCAAUGAAUGAUAAAUUGGUCUUGUCAUGGUAAGUCGAAUAUUUUUCAAUGUAUAUAAAAUUAAUCUUUUUUUAGUAUCUCGGAGUAGGGAAAUAACGUUUUCGACAGUGUAAACACUUUCUUUCUUUUCUUGGAACUUUCUUGACGCAGUUAGUGCUUUUUCUUAAUUAUCAUUUUUAUAUAAAAUAAUUCGCGAAACCGAUAGUUCUAACAAACUUUGUCAUCUGCAUAGGUUGUCAUGUAAUCAUGUUGAGUAGGUCAAAUGUCAUCCACGGGGCUUCCACUGAUGUAUUUGAUGAAAAACUAAUUUUAACUGUUAUAGAUAAUAUUUAUAAGAACAGUAUUUGUAAGAUUUACAACUAAAAUAAGUUCUGAUCAAUUAUUUUUCAACUAUUUCCUUGCUGUUCAAACAACGUAAAGAUAACAUAUAAUUCCUGUAAUUUCUCUAAACAUAUGUUUGUACACAAUUGCACCUUCUACAACGUUAAUUAAUAUGAAAAAAGACUGCACGUUGAAGGAAUAUUAAAAAUUGAUAACAGAAGUAAUAAAUCUACGUUAUGUCGUUAUACAGUUUCUUCCAAAUAUAAUUCACCCACGUGAUGUACAAUUGAAGCAGGUUUUUCAUUAAUUUUACAGAAUUUUGUCUUUCAUAAACUUCGGUUUAUUUAUUUGAUUUUUUUUUCUGCAUUCCGUGUCUCCAGUUGUAAAUUAUGAUCUCUUUUGUAAUGAUCGAAAGGUACAGGGGUUAUGAACGUGAACGAUUUGUACUGUCAUUUUUCAUGCCAUAAUAGUCGUUUUUGUGGUACAUGUGCAUAAAAUAGAGAUUUCUUGACGAGUGUAAAGUGCCACACAAGCUGAAGGUGAGUGCGAACUCAUACGAGUCAAGAACUCCCUAUAAUAGCACAUGUCAGAAAUCCUAUUUUCUGUGCUAUUUCCUGUCAAAAAUUACAAAGUAGUCGAGUUGUUGUCGGUGGUAGAGCAGCAAAUUUUUUCAAUGCUCUUAGUUUUGACAUUUUUUAAUUUGCAGUUAGAUAAUUUAAUUCAAGUAAUUUAAAUUAAAAUACAAUAGCAAAAAGAUCCAAUUGAAGUUCCACGUACAUACAACAUAACAUUCAGAAGGUGUUCUAAAAUCAAAACAUGUACAUUUUAUGCUUUUUCAGAAUGAAAUAAAAUUCAUUCUAAGUAUAUUAUUACACGGAAGUUACAACCUGCAUUUGAUUUCUCCACAGAAGAAUUAGUAGGCACGGAUAAAAAUUUGAUUAUCAUAUUCCCACAAUUAAGAAUUUUAUGGACACUAAGAACAAGCUAAAUUUAUUUCAGUUUCCACGCAUAUCGUCAUAUGUGAAUCAUGAAGCUGCGGAUACUACUUACAGAAGAUAGGUUUUGUGCUCUUGAAAAUCAUAAACAAGAUUGAAAUUUACUUUUGAAUAACAUAAUUUUAAAACUUUACUUACUUGUCAUGCAGUCAUGGAGAUUUGAAAGUAUUUAUUUUUCUUUUCAAUCAAUUCUAAUCUACAGAAGAAACGGAAAAUUUUUUGCUCUCAACUUCCUUCUCUAUUACAAAAAAACAACCAAAAACGAUUGUGAUACCUUCAAUUUCUAGACCCUCUAUAUGAUAUUCGUACAGCAAUUACUGCUGUUAGUACUGAUGUAUGAGAAUCAAAUUAUGUCCCAUUUUUAUCUGCAGUGUGUGUAUGAGUUCAGUUUCCUUCCCAAUAGUACGACUUAUUUGAAGUUGCUGGAAUUUGGACUUCGUAGGUUUGGUUACUAAAAUUUUACAGAAAAUUGCGUAAUUACACGCCUUUGUGAGAAGAGUAUCUCGUGUUCCUAAACCAUUGUUAUAGUAUCAGCAGCAAUAUUUAAGAAAAUGAUCGACAUUCACAAGUAUAGCUUUGCCUUUGUAUAUCAUUUUAAUUGGAAAAUUCUAAAUAUUAACUUACCGCAAUGAACAAUAAUACCAAAUGUCAAUUCAUGAUUAAUGUCGAAAACAUGCUGGAUUUUGAUGUCAGUAAUAUAGACGAGUAUGAUAUGGUAAUUUCUAUACUCCGUAAAUAUUCCGACUACUUGUAUCAACAUCGACUGACAUUUUACCUCCAGAAAUCAGCACUGACUUUGAAAAUAGGAUAUCGAUGCGACUCAGUGGGGCUCCUUUGUUAAAUAACCUUCUAAUGAAAAUAUUGUAGCAAAUGGCAAUUAAUAUGUACGUAAUAUGCAAUGACCACACAUUAUCCUAAAAAAGAUGUGGGCGUGUGUGUGUGUAUAUAUAGAUAUAUACACACACAUACAUGUAAAAUUAUAAAAAUUGCAAUAUCAAUAUUAGUUUAUUAAUAACAGACUUUCGUUGCUGUUU